AUGCGCGCGCUACUUAUCUACAGCCUGCUUGCUGUAAUUCCAGCAAUUGCCUGCUCUAGUAAUGGUCACUACCAGCAGCAACCUCUGCAAAACUUGAACGUGCAAUGCCGCGGCGAUCGCCCCAACGUCGUAUUCAUCCUGACCGACGACCAGGACACACACCUCAACUCGCUCGACUACAUGCCCCAUGUGAAAAGACAUCUGCUGGACCAGGGGACACACUUUAAAAAACAUUACUGCACCACAGCUGUCUGCUGUCCGUCGCGCGCGACGCUGUGGACGGGCAAGCAAUCGCACAAUACGAACAUUACGGAUGUCAGUCCGCCGUAUGGGGGAUGGCCCAAGUUCGUUAAGAAUGGCUUCAACGAAAACUACCUGCCCGUCUGGCUGCAGCAGGCCGGCUACAACAUGUACUACACGGGCAAGCUGUUCAACGCGCACAGCGUGAACAACUACGACGAUCCAGCGCCGGCAGGAUUCACCAAUUCUGACUUCCUCCUCGACCCCUUCACAUACAACUACCUCAACAGCACCUUCCAGCGCAAAGGCGAGCAGCCUAAAAGCUACGAAGGCGAGUAUUCGACAGACAUCAUCGCGCAAAAAGCGCAGGAGUUGCUGCAAGAUGCGGUUGCAGAUAGCAAACCGUUUUUCCUGACCAUCGCGCCUGUUGCGCCGCAUGGGAAUAUUUAUAUGAAGGAGAAUAGUAGUGGGGUUGAUAAAGAGCCUAUGCUUGGGCAUGGCGCGCCGGUGUCUGCAAAAAGGCAUGAGCAUUUGUUUCAGGGUGUGAGAGUGCCGCGAACUGAGAAUUUUAAUCCGGACGUACCCUCCGGCGCAAACUGGCUCCUCGACCUCCCGCAACAAACGCAAGAAAACAUUGACUACAACGACCACUAUUACCGGCAGCGCCUGCGCUCGCUGCAAGCCGUCGACGAACUCGUCGACGACAUUAUUGUCACACUCGAUGACUACGGCAUCCUCAACAACACUUAUGUGUUUUACAGCAGCGACAAUGGCUUCCACAUCGGACAACACAGACUUCAACCUGGCAAAUCGUGCGGGUACGAGGAGGACAUUAAUGUGCCGCUGAUUGUGCGUGGACCCGGUGUAGCAGCUAACUAUACCACGACGGAUAUUGUGACGACGCACACCGAUCUGGCCCCGACAUUUUUCAAGUUGCUAGGUAUUCCGGCCAGAGCAGAUUUCGACGGUACUGCUAUCCCCGUUGAGCGUGAGGGCAUUGAGGCUGUGGCGCAGCGGAGACGGGAGCAUGUGGCCGUUGAGUAUUGGGGGUAUGCGGGUGGAGAGGGUAUAUUCGAUAGUAAGUAUUACUUUCAAUCAAUCAAUCAUCACCGGCUAAUGGUAAUAGAAACAUUGCAUGAAAACAACACCUACAAAGCCAUCCGCAUCGCCGGCCCUGGCUACAACAUCUACUACUCCAUCUGGUGUAACAACGAGCAUGAGCUGUACGACAUGUCUGUCGAUCCAGGGCAGAUGCAUAAUCUCUUUUCCGUCAUAUCAUCUAGUAUAUCAAUAGCAGGCCAUCCUUUCUCCAAAAUCGUCUCGCGGCUCGACUCGCUCCUGCUCGUGCUGAAAUCGUGCAGCGGAGAAGUAUGCCGCGAACCGUGGAAAUCGCUACACCCAGCGGGGGAUGUUGAGACGCUGCAGGACGCGCUGGCGGAGGAAUACGACGCGUUUUAUGGGCGUCAGCAGAUGACACGCGUCGAAUUUGAGUACUGCUGGAAUGGAUAUGUGCCUGAGGCCGAGGGGCCCAUGUGGGAGACACACGGUGUGGCGUUUGUAAGGGAUGGGUUGCCGUGGUAUGACUGGGUUUGA